UUGAGCAGCGUUUACGCAACAGGCUGCCGACUCAUCGCAGAGCUACUUUUAAAGUACUGAACGUUGUCGCCACCAUUAAGGAAAUUCUUGAUUUGCCCUUUUUGUUUCUCACAGUUUUUUUUUAAUUUUUUUUUUUUUUUCUCUUCUAUAUAUAAAGACCUUUUGAGAUGACAGUUAAGUGGUCUUACUCUGGCCAAAGCGAGGCCUGUAGUUGAGUUGGUUCAGUGCGAUCAGACACUAGGGUGGGAAGUGAAGGCGAAUGCUGGUUGUCCUGAACUCAGUGAAGCUGAUCUUGUGAAAUGCAACAGUCUUCCAUCGUGUUGACUAGUAAACAAAAAGUUUCCUACUCUGGCGAUUGACCGGCUUUCUGGUUGGGUCCCACAACUAACCCGAUACCAAACCUGUGGUUAUGGACUCUUGAAUCUUAAAUUUCCUGCAAUGCAAUAAUUUAUGAAUGCGUAGCUGUAGUGAUGAAUUAAUGCAGUUAAAAAAUCAAAGCCAUGACCAGGUCACACUGUGACUGGAGUGAUGGAGAAUCUGUUUUGCAAAUUACACAUUUGGUUCAAUAAAAAAUUUCUGCAGUUGAUAACCCUGUGUGAGUGGUUUUACUUCUCUGCAGUAACGUUAAUGUACAUGCACGAAGUUAUAUCUCGCAUAAAAUACAUGAGAAACCAUAUCUAAACAGACCUUUAUUUUUAUGAUUCAAAAAAGGUGCAUUUGUGCUAGUACUGCUUAAUCUAAGCCCAAUUUUGGUGGUUCUUUCACUUAACACAUCGAAAUUAUUUCUUGCUCAAGUAUAAAUGGUCUCACCUGUACAUAGAUUUUUGUGAAUAUGGUGUAAAUCCUAUAUCAACAAUACAAACUACACUACAUGCACUUACCGUUUAUUGAACUUCUGGUUAGAUGCUAAACUGCAUUUCGUUGCCCAAUACCUGUACGCAUGUGUAAUGAAAAUAAAGUUGAAUCUAAUCCACUUUUACACUUGAUAUUCAAAUGUAUGUUUCAAAACAUGUCUAAAUCCUAAAUAAUCCUAUAAACUGCCAUUGUGACAUAUUUCUUCCUUUAUGAAGAAAUGUGUAAUUAAUGUAUAUGCCAUAAAAAAAAAUCACCCAGAUCUUAGUUAUUUAUAUUGUUUAUUACGGUUUCCUCGUGGCAUGAGUUUUAUUUCCGAGUUCACCCUUUUUGUCCCUUCCGGGGAUCCUUACGACUCCAUAGCAACGGCGCUGCCGCCAAACCCCUACCCUCAGUUUGUUUGUUUUCAGCAGCAAAGCGGAGGGACAUCCAGUUAUUGUGUCUUUCUUCAAUGUUUAACGAUGAAACAUGGCAAAUCUGACAUUUUUUCCAAAAGCACCGGAGUUUAAAUGCAGUAUGUACACACCGCUGAAAGCAGAGCAGCACUCAGAGCGUCCUAGAAUUCACUGUGAUAGUUAAAGGUGUCAGGACGAUACAAUGGAAGUGUUGCCCAUUUGGCAGCUUGCUAUUCCGCUCCCAGCGGUGCUGAUGAUUACCGUGAGUCUUUACAUGGUCGUGCUGGUGAUUGGACUGUGGAUCCGAUACUGCCUUAAGGAUAGCUGUUCUUCAGAGUGCAGUGACUGCUGUCCAGACAUUUCGCUGUGCGAGCAGUGUUUCAGGCUGGCUGAGGCCUGUGAGUGCAGUCUGCUGACGUUUGGAGCAAUGUGUAAUAAUUCAUGCGCUUCUCCUUCUUGUUUCAAAUGGGAUUGCGCCUGCACCUGCCAGCCUCCCGAAUGCGAGUCCUGCAACUGUCUCUGCUUCGAGAUCAGGAUCAAGUAGAAGACGAGGGUGGAGGAGUCUAUCCAUCCCACAUACCAUCAAUGACACGGAGUCAUCCGAGGUUUUACAGUGGAGAGGUAACAAAGACAAUCUAAUGAUUCAUCAUUAGGGCUUCAAACCUCUUCUCGCUGAGCAUCAGCAUGACCUCUUCAUUUUUGAUUAAGGAUCGAAACUUAUUGUGUUAUUGCCGUCAUAUGGCAGCGCCUUUGUAAUUUUAAUUUUAUGUGUGUGCGACGUUUUCCUCUAAAAGAGAAAGACACUCUCAGUAACCAGCCUCUAAAUGAAAAUCCAAGCUUGUUGUUCGUAAACGUUUAGAAAAUCUAGUUUAUUUUAUACAAUCUGUUCUUUUGUACAUUUCAUUAAAUUCUGAAAUAUUUUAAAUUGGA